AGCCCAGGCAACACAAAAGAAGAACCUAACUGGAGCACUCCAGCUGCCCAAUUUCUAACAGGGAGCAUAAGCAAGAGAAUGUGAAGACUUGCUUUUCUCCUCGGAAAACCUAGGCAACAGAACACUUAAGACAAGAUGCCCUUGCGUAUGAAGGUUGGCAGAAAGGUGACGAAGGAGGUCUCCUUGCUCGCAUCCCUGUCAAAGUGUCACGUAAUGAGAACUUAGUCCAUGUAGCCUGCUAGGGGGGAAACUGGCAACCACGGACCAUGAAGAAAGCUAUUUGCUCAAAGGAGGAUACUGAGAACCCAGCGGAGGUUUCCCCUCAAGUAUUUGAUGAAAGCCUCAGGAUUUUUACACUGAUGAAGUGCAGUUCUCAUUUUCCUCUCAACUCUGCUUAUUGAAACUUUUUGGUCUCCUGAAUCUUAAGGAUUAUCGCUGUUUGUGGAAGUGAAAUAUUGAGAAGACAGUAUCAUAAUGGGGAUAACAGUACAAAACAUAACAGGAAGCACAGCCCUAGUAAUCUGGCCCAAAAUGGCGACCUGCACCGACAGCUUUUACAGCAUCAUGUACAAUCCAAACUGGGACAAAAUGCUGUCAGGAUACACCAGGAAACAUUUUCAGAAAGAGGAGAGAGUCCCAGCUAGCCGUUCUUCGUUUGUCAUUGAGAAUCUGAUCCCAUUAACAACUUACAUUCUGUGUGUAACGUGCCAGUCGGCAAACCCAUCCAGUGACCAGUGCAUAAUUUUUAACACCCCUGAACAAGACCCGGCAUCCACAAGCAACAAAAAGAAAGACCUGGCCGUGGGCAUAUGGCUAACCAGCACGGUCUUGCUUCUCAUCAUUGUUGGCAUCUUUGUCUAUGGUUGCUUGCGUCUAUGGUGCCGCAGAAGAAGAGAGAGCUCAGACAGACAAAGCAUUGAACCAGAAGAUAAGGGAGAGGCAUGGGCAAAAAAUGAAUCGUGUGGUUCAGAGGAAUUCAACAAGCAGACCCAGCACACCCAACGAGUUGAAAUUAGAAAUACAGAUGGUGUCCAACUAGCCACCAUAAUUACAAAUCCGUCAACAUCUGAGAAGCCCACCAUGUUGAGCUCCAAAAGUCAGGAUUUUGUGCCUAUGUCUGUGUGUCAAUCUGCCAUAAAUUAGAUAUCCUUAACUGGGACAAGUGUUUUGCUGUGUGUAACAAUAUGUAUGUUGAAAUCUAUUUGUGAAUCGUUCCUUGAAAGCCCUGUUGAAUACAAUCACACCCCUAAAUCACAAUCUCCUGCAGCAUACAAAGCUAAAUCAUCUCAUCAUUGUUUCUUUACAGAGAAAACUACACAUAGGAGGGAGAUAUAGAAUAGCCUCCUUGAUUUUUCUAGGAAAGCAUGGGAAGGGGCAGGAAAAAACGAAUCAACAGCUGGGAUUGAAGGAGCUACUUCGGGCAUGCCACAAGAGUACUCAAUGUUUUGUCAUUUAUUUCUUUGAACUGUAGAAACCCUCCUUGAUUUCAAAUGGGGUUUGUCAUUUGCCAUGACACUUGAAUCCAAAACUCCCCUACAAGCGUAGAAUUGGUUUUGUGUGUCUUAGCCAACAUGUGUCAAUUGGAACCGCUAUAAAAUGGUAUCCACAUAGGUUAUAAUAGUUCACUCAUCUCCAACUAUUGCAUAAACAAUUGAUAAAAAAGGCAAUGGGAUCUUAGUGGUGAGUGUAUCAAGAGAUUAUCCUGCUUUCAAAUAGUCCCUGAAUUCUACCCUGAAGUCUUUUCAUGCAGAGUUUCUUCCUCUUAACACCUUAGCUCAGAUAUGGGGAACCUGGAUGCUGUUGGGCUCAGUUUCCUAUGGGUCCCAGCAAGCAUGUCCAGUGAUGAAGGAUGUUCAAAGAACAACUGGAGGGCCAGAGGUUCCCCAUCCCUGCUUUUGCUAGGAGUGGUACCAUUUUUGAAAGUUAUCGUCAUAUACCAGUUAUACUUGUGAUGUGACAUUUGGAAUGUAUUAUGUGUCAACGGUCCAAGCUAACAUGCCUUUGUGCAACUAUAAAGAAAAGUGUACAGAUGUUUCAUUGAUCACUGUAGUACUUUAUAGAUGCUUCUCUUAGCAUAUAACUAUCUAGCUGUCUCUUCUUGACUGCUUUGCUAAUGUACUAACCUAAGCCUCACAACAUGUAAAUUUUUCGGUUUUCGUUUACACAGCAAUGUGUAAAUAAUCUGUGAUGUAUUCCAGUUUUUAAUACCAUAAAGGAGACUGAAAUGUGGAUUAUCUAACAGGUUGUACAACUAAGAUAGACAAAUAAAAAAAACCUCAGUUGCCACACAAGGUAGAUGUUUGCCAAAUAUAUACCGAACGAGUCUUUCUUAGGAGACU